CUGAAAGCCUCCUGCUCGGACCCGCCGGCUUGCCCGAACGGCGCUCCGCUGAAGGCUUCCUGCUCUGAGCCACCGGCUUGCCCGAACGACGCUCCACUAAAUGCCACCUGCUCGGACCCGCCAGCUUGCCCGAACGGCGCUCCGCUGAAGGCCUCCUGCUCUGAGCCACCAGCUUGCCCGAACGGCGCUCCACUAAAUGCCGCCUGCUCGGACCCGCCGGCUUGCCCGAACGGCGCUCCGCUGAAGGCCUCCUGCCCGGACCUGCCAACUUGGCCAAACUCCGCUCCGCUGAAAGCCUCCUGCUCGGACCCGCCGGCUUGCCCGAACGGCGCUCCGCUGAAGGCUUCCUGCUCUGAGCCACCGGCUUGCCCGAACGACGCUCCACUAAAUGCCACCUGCUCGGACCCGCCAGCUUGCCCGAACGGCGCUCCGCUGAAGGCCUCCUGCUCUGAGCCACCAGCUUGCUCGAACGGCGCUCCACUAAAUGCCGCCUGCUCGGACCCGCCGGCU